GAUUGGCUAACACCGAAGCAGCCGCGGUAACUGGCUGGAGGCACAGGCGUUAGCAAGCUGAUUGGCUGCAGGUGAUAGGUCGUUGUCAGGGUGCGGGGUGGAGCCUGUGACAAGUGCUGGCGGGAGCUGAUCAGCGCGGGAAGUGCGGCAGCUGUGUGUCACCGGCAGAAUCAUGGUGCUGCAGAACAGCGGGAAGCUCAACCGCGAUACCCGGGGGAACGGCGAGAACCCGCAAGAUGAUGCUUCAUCAAAUUCGGCUGCGAAGAGACUGGAACGCAGUCAGUGGACAGAUAAGAUUGAUGCUCAAUAUGGGUUUGAGAGGAUUCGGGAGCCUGGGGAGAGAACAGGCUGGCUACUCAACAUGCAUCCGACUGAAAUUCUUGAUGAGGACAAACGUCUAGUGAGUGUUGUGGAUUAUUACUUCAUACAAGAAGAUGGGAGCAGGUUCAAGGUUGGCUUACCAUACAAGCCUUAUUUCUAUGUGGCCACAAAAAAGGGGUGCGAGAGGGAAGUCUCCUCUUUUCUUUCAAAGAAGUUCCAGGGAAAGCAUGCAAAAGUGGAAACCAUAGCCAAGGAAGAUCUGGAUUUGCCAAACCAUCUGGUGGGCCUGAAAAGGAGCUAUAUCAAAUUGUCCUUCCAUUCUGUGGAUGAUCUGAUAAAAGUGAGAAAGGACAUCUUUCCAGCUGUACGGAAGAGCAAGGAGCGUGACCAAGCCAGUGACACGUACACAGCCAUGCUCUCUAGUGCGUUGACUGGAAACAGCUUGGCCCCUGAGGAAGAAGGUCCAUCUAAGAAGAUCUCUGAUCAAAUGGAGAACAUAAUUGAUAUGCGGGAAUAUGAUGUCCCCUAUCAUGUGCGCCUUUCUAUAGAUCUUAAAAUACAUGUGGCUCACUGGUACAAUAUUCGAUAUCGUGGAAGCAGUUCACCUCCAGAGAUAACAAGACGGGAUGACCUUGUGGAAAGGCCAGAUCCAGUGGUCAUGGCAUAUGACAUUGAAACCACAAAGCUGCCUUUGAAGUUUCCAGAUGCUGAAAGUGACCAGAUUAUGAUGAUCUCCUAUAUGAUUGAUGGUCAGGGUUACCUAAUCACAAACCGGGAGAUUGUGUCUGAAGAUAUUGAAGACUUUGAGUUCACUCCAAAACCAGAAUAUGAGGGACCGUUUUGUAUCUUCAAUGAGCCAGAUGAGGCACAUCUGAUUCAGCGUUGGUUUGAACACAUUCUGGAAACAAAGCCAAGUAUAAUUGUUACAUACAAUGGGGACUUCUUUGAUUGGCCUUUUGUGGAAACACGUGCUACAGUUCAUGGGAUGAGCAUGCUUCAAGAGAUUGGCUUCCAAAAAGAUAACCAAGGAGAGUACAAAUGCUCCUCGUGUAUUCAUAUGGAUUGUCUCAGGUGGGUAAAGAGAGACAGUUACCUUCCUGUUGGAAGCCAUAAUCUUAAGGCAGCUGCAAAGGCAAAGUUGGGAUAUGACCCUGUAGAGCUGGAUCCAGAGGAGAUGUGUCGUAUGGCUACUGAGGAGCCGCAGGUCCUGGCUACAUACUCUGUGUCUGAUGCUGUUGCUACUUAUUACAUGUACAUGAAGUAUGUUCACCCAUUUAUAUUUGCUCUCUGCACCAUCAUCCCUAUGGAGCCUGAUGAGGUACUUCGUAAGGGCUCUGGUACCCUGUGUGAGGCAUUGCUGAUGGUCCAAGCUUAUCAUGCAAAUAUAAUCUUCCCUAAUAAACAAGAGGCAGUUUUCAAUAAGAUGACUAAUGAUGGACAUGUGCUGGACUCUGAGACUUAUGUUGGUGGCCAUGUGGAGGCUUUGGAGUCUGGAGUGUUCCGUAGUGAUAUCCCCUGCCGUUUUAAAAUGAACCCUGCUGCAUUUGACUUCCUACUCCAGCGUGUGGAGAUGACACUGCGCCAUGCUAUAGAAGAGGAAGAAAAAAUUCCACUAGAGCAUGUAACCAAUUUCCAGGAGGUGUGUGGCGAGAUUAAAGAUAAAUUGAACUCUCUGAAGGAGGUGCCAAAUAGGAUUGAAUGUCCCCUCAUUUACCAUCUGGAUGUGGGAGCUAUGUAUCCCAAUAUCAUCCUCACUAACCGUCUGCAGCCUUCUGCCAUGGUUGAUGAAGUCACCUGUGCCGCCUGUGACUUUAACAAGCCAGGAGCCACUUGUCAGCGCAAGAUGACAUGGCAGUGGAGAGGGGAGUUCAUGCCAGCCAGCCGCAGUGAGUAUCAUCGGAUACAGCAGCAGCUAGAAUCUGAGAAGUUUCCUCCUCUCUUUCCUGGGCAACCCCCAAGAGCAUUUCACAAGUUGACGAGAGAGGAGCAAGCCAAGUAUGAGAAGAAAAGGCUGGCAGAUUACUGCAGAAAAGCUUACAAGAAGAUACAUGUAACUAGGCUGGAGGAUCGCAUCACCACCAUAUGCCAGCGCGAGAACUCUUUCUAUGUAGAUACUGUGCGUGCUUUCAGAGACCGUAGAUAUGAGUUCAAAGGGCUACACAAGGUGUGGAAGAAAAAGUUGUCUGCCGCAUGUGAGAGUGGUGAUGCCGCAGAGAUAAAGAGGUGUAAGAACAUGGAAAUUUUGUAUGAAUCUCUGCAACUGGCUCACAAGUGUAUUCUAAACUCCUUCUAUGGCUAUGUAAUGCGCAAGGGAGCUCGUUGGUAUUCGAUGGAGAUGGCUGGCAUUGUGUGCUAUACGGGAGCCAAUAUUAUCACCCAGGCCAGAGAGCUCAUUGAGCAGAUAGGGAGGCCACUGGAGCUAGACACAGAUGGGAUAUGGUGUGUUCUUCCAAACAGCUUCCCUGAGAACUUUGUUAUUAAAUCCACCAACGCCAAAAAGCCAAAAGUGACCAUAUCCUACCCUGGAGCUAUGCUCAAUAUCUUGGUGAAGGAAGGAUUUACAAACCACCAGUACCAGGAACUAAGUGACCCAUCUACACUAACUUAUAUUACUCGCUCGGAAAACAGCAUCUUCUUUGAAGUUGAUGGGCCAUAUUUAGCCAUGAUCCUUCCAGCAUCUAAAGAAGAGGGAAAAAAGCUGAAGAAAAGGUAUGCAGUGUUUAAUGAGGAUGGCUCCCUUGCUGAGCUCAAGGGAUUUGAGGUGAAACGGCGUGGAGAGCUUCAACUGAUCAAGAUCUUCCAGUCCUCUGUGUUUGAGGCGUUCCUGAAAGGCAGUACCCUGGAAGAGGUCUAUGCAUCUGUGGCUAAAGUGGCAGAUUACUGGCUGGAUGUACUUUUCAGCAAGGCUGCUAACAUGCCAGACACUGAGCUGUUUGAGCUGAUUUCCGAGAAUCGUUCUAUGUCUAGACGCUUGGAGGACUAUGGAGAACAAAAAUCCACAUCCAUCAGUACUGCUAAACGCCUUGCUGAGUUUCUUGGUGAUCAGAUGGUUAAGGAUGCUGGCCUUAGUUGUCGUUAUGUUAUAUCUCGAAAACCUGAGGGUUCCCCAGUAACAGAAAGAGCCAUUCCCAUGGCAAUCUUUCAGGCAGAAGUGGGAGUAAAGAGACAUUACCUGCGCAAGUGGCUGAAAAAUCCAUCCCUGCAAGAUUUAGAUAUCCGCUCGAUUCUAGACUGGGAUUAUUACAUUGAGCGUCUGGGCAGCGCUAUUCAGAAGAUCAUUACAAUUCCAGCAGCAUUACAGCAGGUGAAGAACCCUGUACCCCGUGUCAGACACCCAGAUUGGUUACAUAAGAAGUUGCUGGAGAAAAAUGAUGUCUACAAGCAGAAAAGGAUCAAUGAAUUGUUCACAAGUGAGGGCAAAAAACAGGUGAGCGCUCAGCUGCAGCAUGCGGACUCUUCACAGACUGCAGAUAUUGAGGAUUUUGGUAUGGGAAAACGUCUGCAGCCUACUAUCCCAAUAAGCACCAAGAGGAAACGUGUGCAAACAGCUGAAGAGAGCCAAGUUGACUCACAGGAUGUGGCACUUACGCAGUCUUGGAGGGAGGUUCUCGGUCCACCACCUCCUCUAGGUUCCACAAAUGAAGAGCGACUUCUCUGGUUGCGUUAUCACAAGAAAAAGUGGGAGCUUCAGGCACGUCAGCGCAAAGAGCGACAAAAGAGACGGCGAUUAGAAGAUGGAGAUGCAGCCCCUGGAGUAGGAGGUGUAGUCCGUGAAACCCAAGCAGCUGGGUUAGGCAGUUUCCUGCGUCGAACGGCUCGCAGCAUCCUUGACAUGCCCUGGCAGAUUGUGCAGAUUGGAGAAAGCAACCAGCCAGGUGUCUUUCGCUUGUGGGCUGUGAUUGGCAGUGACUUGCACUGUAUUAAGCUCACUAUAAAUCGCAUUUUCUUUGUCAAUCAGCGUGUUCCCAAAACAGAGGAGGGUGCAGUGUAUAGAAAGGUGAAUAGAAUUCUACCUCGUUCGAAUCCAGUAUACAAUCUAUAUGAGUAUUGUGUUCCAGAGGAUAUGUACCAGGAGCACAUCAAUGAGAUCAAUGCAGAUCUGUCUGCACCUGACAUCGAGGGAGUGUAUGAGACUCAGGUUCCCCUGCUUCUGCGGUCAGUGAUCCAGCUUGGCUGUGUAUGCAUGGUGAACAAGCAGGUGGUUCGGCAACUUUCAGGAAGGGAAGCUGACACUUUUGACCUGGACCACUUGGAGAUGAAGUCGUUGGCUCAGUACAGCUACCUGGAGCCAGGAAGUAUCAAGCACAUUUACUUAUACCACAAUUCUCAGGGAAACAAAGCCCUGUUUGGUUUGUUUAUACCAUCUCAAAGAAAGUCAGCUGUGUUUGUGGUGGAUACGGUGCGAAGUAACCAGAUGCCAAACCUAAGCAGUAUGUAUACAAGUGAGCACACUGCAAUGCAGGAAAAGGUUGAUCCUGAGCUUUUGCCUCCAGAGAAACACGUCUUUGAAGUUCGAGCAGAGACGGAUUUAAAAACAGUCUACCGGGCAAUCCAAAGGUUACUCGUGAGUUACAAGGAUGAGAGACGUGGUCCAACCCUAAUUGCUGUGCAGUCUAACUGGCCCUCCAGGAGGUUAGCAAGUGGGAUGCCUGUUCUAGAGGAAUUUCCUCUUGUUCCUGUGCGGGUAACAGAUGACAUCAGUUAUAAUGUCCUGGACUGGCAGCGCCAUGGUGCGAGGCGCAUGAUUCGUCAUUACCUUAACUUGGACAGCUGUCUUUCUCAGGCAUUUGAUAUGGCCAGGUAUUAUCACCUCCCUGUGGGCAACCUGCCAGAUGAUGUAUCCACAUUUGGGUCAGAUCUGUUUUUCUCAAGGCAUCUUAGACGACACAAUCAUCUCCUUUGGCUCUCUCCAAGCUCCCGGCCUGACCUCGGAGGCAAAGAGGCUGAUGACAACAGAUUAGUUAUGGAGUUUGAUGAGAGGGCAUCAGUGGAAAUCAACAACCCUGGCUGUUACAAUACUGUGUGCGUGGAGCUUGAUAUUCAGAGCCUGGCUGUUAACAGCAUCCUGCAAUCCCAUCAUAUUAAUGACUUGGAAGGAGCUGGCAGUAUGGGCAUCAGUUUUGAUGUGUUACAGCAAGCUUCCCUUGAGGAUAUGGUUACUGGGAACCAGGCCAGUGCUGUGGCCAGUUACGAUGAGACUGCCCUUUGUUCCAACACCUUCAGGAUUUUGAAGAGCAUGGUUGUAGGCUGGGUGAAGGAAAUUACACAGUACCACAAUGUGUAUGCGGACAACCAGGUUAUGCACUUCUAUCGGUGGCUCCGAACCCCAUCCUCUCUGCUGUAUGACCCUGCCCUUCACAGGACUCUCCACAACAUGAUGAAGAAAUUGUUCUUGCAAUUGGUAGCAGAAUUUAAGCGUCUGGGCUCCUCGGUAGUGUAUGCUAACUUCAACCGCAUUAUCCUCUGCACCAAGAAGCGCCGGGUAGAAGAUGCAAUUGCUUAUGUGGAAUAUAUUACCCAAAGUAUUCACUCUAAAGAGAUCUUUCACUCGCUUACCAUCUCCUUUUCUCGCUGUUGGGAGUUUCUGCUGUGGAUGGACCCUGCAAACUAUGGAGGGAUUAAGGGAAAGCUUCCUGCUAGUGUGCACUAUGGAGAGAGUGAUAAGAAGAAAUCAGAGAAUGAGGAGGAGGAAGGCAGUGACGAGGAUGAAGAAGAAACAGAUGCUCCAUCAGACAGUGAACAGCCAGAGGACCAAGUGGAAGACUGUCUUGAGAACAGCUGGAAUAUAGUACAAUAUCUUCCCCAGGCAGCCUCAUGUCAGAGCUAUUUCCUGAUGAUUGUUUCUGCGUACAUUGUGGCUGUAUAUCAUAGUAUGCGGGAGGAGAUGAGACGAAAUGCUCCUGGAAACACCCCAAUCAAACGUCGACAGAACAGUCAGCUGUCCCAAGAGACAUUGGGUGAAACUGGGGCCUUGCCUGGUCUUAUCACCUUUUCUCAGGAUUAUGUAGCAAAUGAGUUAACACAAAAUUUCUUCACAAUCACACAAAAAAUACAGAAGAAAGUGACCGGAACACGCCAUGUUACUGAGCCCUCUGAGAUGUUCCCCAUCUUACCUGGAUCCCAUCUGCUGCUUAACAACCCAGCCUUAGAGUUCAUCAAAUAUGUCUGUGAGGUUCUGUCUCUGGAUUCAAAUAUAACUAACCAGGUGAAUAAGCUAAAGAGAGAUCUCUUGCGGCUGAUUGAUGUGGGGGAGUUCUCGGAGGAGGCACAGUUUCGGGAUCCUUGCCGCUCCUAUAUCCUCCCUGAGAUCAUUUGCAGAAACUGUAACUUCUGCCGAGACCUGGACUUGUGCAAGGAUCCCUCACUCAGCCAGGAUGGGUCUGUGCUGCCACAGUGGGUGUGCUCAAACUGCCAGGCAGAGUAUGACUCUGACAACAUUGAGAUGUCGCUGGUUGAAGCUCUGCAGAAGAAGAUGAUGGCUUUUAUGCUGCAGGAUUUGGUGUGUUUAAAGUGUAAGGGUGUAAAAGAAGCAAAUAUGCCAGUGUAUUGCAGCUGCGCAGGGGACUUCAGCCUGACUAUUUCAGUGAAGGCUCUCAUGGAACAGGUGGAUGCAUUCCGGAAUAUCGCUCAGCAUUACCAAAUGUCCCAUCUGUUGGAAACCAUCAACUGGCUUGUUCAGCAAAAUUCUCACCUGACCUUGUGAUAGCUGCAGUGUUUUCCCCCACUCUGUAUUAGAGCUGGACCUCGUCAUUAUCUGACCCCCUUCUUUAUAUUUGUUAUGUGUAAAUUGUAACUUAAUAAAUGUUUUGUACAAAAAAAA